AACUUUAAAGGAAACAAUGAUAACGAGCGCCUGGCGAUUGCUAGACAGCGAAUUCCAUAUCGACUUGGUCGAGUAGUUGAUGAAUGGCUACUCGACAAAGGGCGUCAGCUCACAAUCUUCAAUAGCCAAGCAACCAUAAUAAUUGGCGGGAAAGAGCAGGGCCAGCCCUUCCAGGGCCAGCUCUCUGGGCUUUACUACAAUGGCUUGAAAGUUCUGAAUAUGGCAGCCGAAAAUGAUGCCAACAUCGCCAUAGUGGGAAAUGUGAGACUUGUUGGUGAAGUGCCUUCCUCAAUGACAACUGAGUCGACAGCCACUGCCAUGCAGUCAGAGAUGUCCACAUCAAUUAUGGAGACCACCACAACCCUAGCUACUAGCACAGCCAGAAGAGGAAAGCCCCCUACAAAAGAACCCAUUAGCCAGACCACAGAUGACAUCCUUGUGGCCUCAGCAGAAUGUCCCAGCGAUGAUGAGGACAUUGACCCCUGUGAGCCGAGCUCAGGUGGGUUAGCUAACCCAACCCGAGCAGGCGGGCGAGAGCCGUACCCAGGCUCAGCGGAAGUGAUUCGGGAGUCCAGCAGCACCACAGGCAUGGUGGUGGGGAUCGUAGCUGCCGCCGCCCUGUGCAUUCUCAUUCUCCUCUAUGCCAUGUACAAGUACAGAAACCGGGAUGAAGGCUCGUAUCAUGUGGACGAGAGUCGAAACUACAUCAGUAACUCAGCACAGUCCAACGGGGCUGUUGUAAAGGAGAAACAACCCAGCAGUGCGAAAAGCGCCAACAAAAAUAAGAAAAACAAGGAUAAAGAGUAUUACGUCUGAUCCCAAGAUCUUAAAAAAGACCCUUGUAUAGAAAUAGUCUUCAUUUUAUCUGAGACAUAAUAUAAACUUAUUUACUUUCCUUUUUACGAAGCACAUACAAAAGAAGACAGGGAAUGCAAUCAGGAAGGAAAGACUGUUUUUAAAAAAGUAAAAACAAGUAUCUCAUGCUCUUGUUUCUCCAAAAAAGAAAGAAAAACAAAACAAAAACAAACAGGGGCCAAUAAAUUCCCUAACAUCCACAGUGUUUUCAUUUACUCUGCCUGUCUUUAUGUUGCUGGAACAUUUCUAAAAGACAGUGAUGACCGCACGCAUUCAUAAAGCAAAGGAGUAUUACAACAUCAAGGCACAACACAAAAACAACGCAACACACAACACACACACACAUACACACACACACACACACCAAAAAAAAAAAAAAAAAAAAAAGAAGCUACCUAUGAUCCUGGAUUUAGCCAAAGUGCUAGCGCUUUCCUGAGAAGUCAGUUAGCCCGAUUGCCAGAGAAGACGGUGUCAUUUGGAAUGACCCAAACUGCAAACCUUUGGGUUUACCCCCUGGCGCAGCUGGAACAGUGGUUGGAACUUGCAUUUGAAACAAAGUGCUGGCUUUUUUGAAGACUCGUGUAGGAACACAUUCAAAAAGCCCCUUUCUGGUUGUGAGAGAAUAAAAAAGUAUGGAGGCCUUAUUUUCAACAAUGUGAAAUAUAAGGCACAUUUUCACACUAAAAUUUCAAAACAAACAAAAAAACCCAAGAGGGCAUAGAUGCAAUCAUUGGGAAAUUUUCAUGCACGCUUAAUAUGUUAUUACAUAUGUUUAUAUAAAAUCCAUCUCUGUGUGCUUUCUGGACUGUGAUAAGUGACGUUUUAUAGCCUGUUGUAUAGAAAAUGCAAAAUAUAUCUCUGCUCUUCAGCCAUUUUUGGUAAAUUCAAUGUUAUAAGUGUUGCUAAGUAUAGGGAGUUUUAUGACAUCGGAGCAACAAUUAUUUCAGGGUUUUUGUUUUUGUUUUUGUUUUUUGUUUUUUGCCACCAUUAUAAAUUGCCACAAUUACUUACUUUUUUUAAAAAAAAUUACAAUGUAGUGUUUAUUCUAAGGAAGAUAUGUAUGAAUGUAUAUAAAAAGACUCAGCUUUUUUUUUCUAACAUGUACAGCCUUCAUUCUGUUGCAAUUAAGUUUUAGUAUUUGUAUGAAAGGUGUGAAUUAGAAGGUAAAAUAUAUACAUAUGUAUCUUAUAAUCUUCUUUUCUCCCCCAAAUACUCACAUUUUUCAUAUAUUUUCACCAUUUACAGUCACAAACACACACACACACACACACACACACAUCCAGAGGAAUCCAUCAGAUAUGAUGGAAAACCUGAACAUAUAUAUAACAGCAAAUAUUUACUGACAAAUUGAAAAGCAGGAAGGAAGGAAGAUAGUUGUGCCAAGGUAUUAGUGACAAAUGGGGUGAUUUGCUUCAUUGAGAUCAUGCUCCCAAGAAACCCUGGGAAGAUUUUAGUCCCUAAUGAAAUGGAACCUUUUCUUACCAAAUAGAAUAUCACUGGUGUAUUGCUGCAUGCAUAUGAAACAUUAUGUUGGGAGGUUACAGAAGCAAAAUUGGUUAAUCUACAGCUUAACCCUGGCUGCUGCAAUUGAAAACUUUGUUUCCAAUAAAAUCAUAUAUAUAUAUAUAUA